UUACUCAUUCGAUAGUUGAUAUAACCGGAAACUAAGUAUCCCAUCUCUAUGGCACUAUCGGACUCUUUCCCUUUACGGCGCUUUUGGUGACGCUGAAACCAUUCAUACAUAAAGAUGCCUCCUAAGUUUGAUCCCACGGAAGUCAAGUUGGUGUACCUUCGUUGUGUUGGUGGCGAAGUUGGUGCUACCUCAUCGUUGGCUCCUAAAAUCGGUCCUCUGGGAUUGUCUCCUAAAAAAGUAGGUGACGAUAUUGCAAAGGCCACUUCUGACUGGAAGGGACUCAAGAUCACGGUAUGCCUUACCAUUCAAAAUAGGCAGGCUACGAUAUCAGUGGUUCCAUCCGCAGCCUCAUUGAUCAUCAAGGCAUUGAAGGAACCUCCACGUGACAGAAAGAAGCAGAAGAACAUUAAGCACAGUGGAAACAUUUCCUUCGAUGACAUUUUGGCGAUCGCACGCACUAUGCGACCAAGGUCAAUGGCUCGUGAACUGAAAGGCACCUGCAAGGAAGUUCUUGGCACAGCCCAAAGUGUUGGAUGCACUGUUGAUGGAAAACAUCCCCAUGAUGUUAUUGACGAAAUUAACAAUGGUACCAUGGAAGUCCCAGCGGAAUAAAUAUGUAUUCCAUUGAAAAUAAUAAAUAAAACUAAUGUUUUACCAUCAGCAAGAUAAAACGUUAAAAAUAAAUUUUUACAAAAUA